UGCCUCAGGCCAUGGUGGGCAGGGGCAGCUGGCCGGCACUCCUCUGCGGCUGGGCUGCAGCGGCCGCCGCCAUGUGGCCCGGCGGGGCCGCGGCGCGAGGCGAGGCGUCCGCCGGCACGGGCCCCCCGGAUGCCGGGGGCCCCCCGGGGCCCUGCCCCCCGUGCCCCAACGUGCUUGGCUUCCGCCUGGAGGACGGCGCCUCGGCCACGGGGGGACUCGUCCGGGCCCUCCCGGGGGCCACCUUCCGCCUGCGCCUCUACGGCACCGGCCUGCACAACCGCAGCUGGCCCUGGGCGGCCUUCGUGCCGGCGGGGGCCCCGUGCGGGGGCCCCUCCUCCACGCCCUCGCCCUCGGGCGCCCCGGAGGUCCUGGCCCACGACGUCCUGCCCGCUGGCGAGCACGCGGUGCUGGUGACCGUGAGGGUGGCCCCCGCGGGCCCCCGUGGCCAGUUCCGUCUCUGCAGCCUGGCGGGCCCCGGGCGCCAGUGGGCCCCCGCCGCCCCUGGCGACGCCAUCCUGGUGAUGGAGGACGAAGGCGGGGGCGGCAAGGUGGCUGCGGAGGUGUGGCCCCCGCCGCUGCCCCCCUGGCUGCUGGGCACCCUGGUGGCUGUGCUGCUGGCCCUCCUGGCCCUGCUCCGCACUCUGCAGCUCAGCACCCUGUGGCUGGACCCGGCGGAGCUGUACGUGCUGCGGGACUGCGGCUCCGAGGCUGAGCGGGGUGCCUCCAAGGCGCUGGAGCCGGUCCGGCAGCGGGGGACGUUCGUCCUGUGUUCCCUGCUGCUGUUGAGCGCCCUGGCCCACGCCGCCCUGGCCGUGCUUUUCUACCGGGCCGUGGGGGCGCUGGCCCCGGCCAUCCUGGGCGUCGCCGCCUUGGCCUUCCUGCUGGCUGAGGUGCUGCCCUUCACCGUCAGUUCCCGGUGGGGGCUCUGGCUGGCCCCGCGCGGGCUCUGGCUCACCCAGUUCUUCAUGCUGCUGACGUUCCCCAUCUCGCUGCCCCUCAGCAGGGUGCUGGAACUGGCCUUGCGGCAUGACACCAGCACCUGCCUCCUGCGGGAGAAGAUCCUGGACAUGGUGCGGAACAGUGACCCCUACAAUGAGUUUGUGCGGGAGGAAUUCAGCAAGGGUGCGCUGCGCAACAAGACUGUGGAAGACGUGCUGACCCCGCUGGACGAGUGUUUCAUGCUGAAUGCCAGUGCGGUGCUGGACUUCAACAACAUGUCCAUGAUCAUGCAGAGUGGCUACACCCGCAUCCCGGUGUAUGAGGAUGAGCGCACCAACUUGGUGGACAUGCUUUAUGUCAAGGACUUGGCCUUGGUGGACCCUGAUGACUGCACCCCUCUCAGUACCAUCAUCAAGUUUUACAACCAUCCGCUUCACUUCGUCUUCAAUGACACCAAGCUGGAUGCUGUGCUGGAGGAGUUCAAGAGAGGAAAAUCCCACAUGGCGAUCGUGCAGAAGGUGAACAACGAAGGGGAAGGGGACCCAUUCUACGAAGUCAUGGGCUUGGUGACCCUGGAAGACGUCAUUGAAGAGAUCAUAAAGUCAGAGAUCAUGGACGAGUCAGACGACUACAGGGAAAACAGAUUGAAGAAGAAGCCGCCUCCGCUUGGAACUUUGAUGGAUCGCCGGAAAGAAGAUUUCUCCUUGUUCAAAGUUUCUGACAAUGAGUACAAGGUGAAAAUCUCCCCUCAGCUACUCCUAGCUACCCAGCGCUUCUUAUCUAGAGAGGUGGAUCUCUUCAGCCCAGGCCGAAUCUCCGAGAAGGUCUUGUUGCAUCUGUUGCAGCAUCCCAGUGUCAACCAGGAGGUGAAGUUCGAUGACUGCAAUCGCUUGGCUGCCGAACAUUACUUGUACCAGCGCAACCAACCAGUCAAUUACUUUGUCCUCAUCCUGCAGGGCAGGGUUGAAGUUGAGAUCGGAAAGGAAGGACUGAAGUUUGAAAACGGAGCCUUCACGUAUUACGGUGUUUCUGCCCUUACUGCUCCUUCUUCAGUCCAUCAGUCCCCAGUGUCCACUCUACGGAUGAAUCGUCGUGAACAGCAACUGGACGGCACAGAGUCCACCAAUUAUUCGGCCUACUGUCCUGACUACACCGUCCGAGCCCUCACCGAUCUACAGUUCAUCAAGGUCACCCGUUUGCAGUAUCUCAAUGCUCUUAUGGCCUCAAGAAUACAGAACUCACCUCAGUCCCCUGAGGCUGUGGAUCUGAAGAUUGUCCCCAGUAGCCAGACAAAGCUCCUCAAUGACAAAAAUGCUGCAGCAGCCUUCCCGCUAAAUCUCUCUUUCUUUGGCACAAUUGAAAACCGCAUUUAACACAGGCCUCUCUGCCAUAGCCUGGAGUUCCUUUCUUUUUUUAAAUCACAAGGGAAAUGGCAAAGCAAGUUGAAUCUGCUGGAAGAGGCAAGCACGGGGGUUUGAUUUCCGCAAGCAGCAUUAGGGCUGCAGGCUGGGGAGCCCGGGAGGACCCCUCCCUUAAAACCUUCAGCACUUCUCCUGGCUUCUGCCCUCGUUUCAGAUGGACUUCUAGUUUGGCGUUUCCAACAGGAGCUUCCUAAGCCGGGUGGAGCCUGGCCAUCUCGGGGGGCUGGCUGGACCGAACACCAGGGGCUUCCAGUGCUCCGACGGGCUGCCACGCCCAGGACGUUUGCAAGCAGCGCUUGACUGCAGAGGGCUGGUGGACCUGGGCAAAGUUUGUUUGUGGCCGAGGGCAGUAGCCUGCAAAUACAGACUCGACUCCUUU